CCCAUUCAUUUCACUGGGAUUUUACUUUCAUUAUAUUUACUAUUUAUCCAUAGUUAUCUUUAACUUGUCGUGCUAAUAAUUGUUGUUGAAAUUAUACUUGGAUGAAAAUGGAUCACAAUACUGAAACAGAGGACACUUUAGUACAAAUGUUAUCUCCCCAAAGGUUGAAGGGAAAAGUAGCAGUUAUAACGGGUGGUGCGAGAGGAAUAGGGGCAGCAACAGCAAGAAUUUUUGCUGAAAAUGGAGCUCAUGUUGUGAUUGCGGAUAUACUGAAUGAACUAGGUACAGGUUUAGCUGAUUCUAUUGGAGGUCGUUACGUGCAGUGCGAUGUUUCGAAAGAAGAAGAUGUGGAAUCAGCUGUGAAACUUGCAGUAGAAUGGAAAGGUAGAUUAGACAUCAUGUUCAACAAUGCUGGAAUUGCAGGCUUUGGAGGGAGCAUUACAAACAUCAAAAUGGAUCAGAUGAUGACACUCCUUGCUAUAAAUCUUCAUGGGGUUGUACAUGGCAUCAAGCAUGCUGCACGGACAAUGAUAGCAGUUAAUUGGGCAGGCAAGCAUGGAGGCACGAUCAUAUGCUCAUCAAGUUCGGCUGCUAUCAUGGGAGGACUUGCAUCUCAUUCCUACACAAUGUCUAAAGAGGCAAUCUUAGGACUUGCGAGGAGCACAGCUUGUGAGUUAGGGGUUCACGGGAUUCGAGUUAAUUGUAUUUCUCCUCAUGGUGUCCCUUCUGAGAUGCUUGUGAGUGAGUUUCAGAAGUUUCUUGGUAAUAUGGAACUGAGGCCUAAUGAAGUGAGUUCGAUUGUGGCGGAAAGAGGGAGUCUUCUACGUGGGAGAGGAGGAAAAUUCGAAGAUGUGGCACAAGCUGUGUUGUUUCUAGCUAGUGAUGAAUCUGGUUUUGUAACAGGCCAUAAUCUAGUUAUUGAUGGGGGUUACACUUCUGCUUUUAGUCAAAUGAGUUUUAUAUACGAUGAUUGAAGAAAGAACAGAGGCGUACUUAGUUCCUCUCUUGCUAAUUUAUAAAUAAGCAUUUGGUGAACAUCUUCGGUUUCAGAAAUUGUAGUUUCAAAACUUUUGACAAGUAUAAUUCUCUGGGAUGGAGGACCCCACAACCUUACCUUCUA